GGACAAGGGUUUGGGGACUCUUUGAUUAAACACCAGCUUGGGUGGGCUCGAUGGCUGAGUUAGGACCCUGUGAUUAUUCUCCCUCCCCUGGCCAUUGUAAACACUCUCUCCACUGGACCCUGGCAGAGCCGUUAAGCCGGCAACCGGGUACCAAACAGCUCUGUGUCACAUGAGAGGCCUGGCUGGGCUGGAGUCACGGUGGCCCGGGAUACUAUUCUUAGCUGCAGGAAUGUACACAGUGGCCUCAUGGCGAGCUCCACAGCGCCUAACUGGAAAGCUUUUUCGUUUGUCUGUGUCAUGCUCUUUUUCUCUCCUUGACUACUCUACAUUUUCUGUCUGGGUAAUGUUUUUGUUCUCUUUUGAUUGGAACUGAUCCUUUUUUCUGACCAGAACAACCAGAGGUUUUGGAUAUUAUUCAUUUUCUGAGGGCAGGAGAAUGGCCUUAAAACCACAAGAAGUUUUCUCUUUCAAAGACUCAGAACUUCCCUCCCACCUUCAUGCCCAGCUCAACAUCCUCCGUCAGGAGCGUAUCCUGACAGACGUCCUGCUCUGCACGGAGCACCAGGAGAUCCCCUGCCACAGGAACGUCCUGGUGUCCAGCAGCCCGUACUUCCGCGCCAUGUUCUGCAGCAACUUUCUGGAGAGCAGUCAGGCCCGAGUGAAUCUGAAGGGAAUCUCUUCAGAUGUCCUCAGUGGCAUCGUGGACUACGUCUACACAGGCUGCAUCACUAUCACUAUGGAGAUUGUGCUGCCGCUCAUGCAGGCGGCCUCCAUGCUUCACUAUGGAGGUCUCUUUGAGGCCUGUUCCAUGUUCCUCCAGAAGCAGCUGAGUCCUGAAAACUGCCUGAGCAUGAUACGGCUCUCUGAGAUCCUUCACUGUGAGAGCUUGAGGGAGAGGGCCAAGGAGAUGGCUGUGAGGUGUUUCUCUGAUGUAGCUGCCACAGAGGACUUCUGUGAGUUGUCUCUUCCUGAGCUCAUGUGCUACCUAGAGGACGACAGACUUUGUGCUGAGGAGGAGCAAGUGUUUGAGACCCUCCUCGCGUGGAUCCAUCAUGACCCGUUCUCACGACGCGGCGCUAUCCAUGAUCUCUUCAAGAAAGUCCGCCUUCGCUACAUCCAUCCGACUUACCUCUUCCAGUUCAUCGCCAACGACCCACUGGUGCAGUCCUCCACCCUCUGCACUGAGAUAAUCGAGUCAGUGCGCCGCCUCAUGCUUACAGUCAGCACCAAGUGUGGCCGAGAGCUCAAGCCGAUUUGGACCACACCUCGACGUUACACCUGCAGAGAAACCCUGGUGGUGGUUGGAGGACGCAAAAACAAUGAACAGACCUCACGGGAAGCCCUACUAUAUGAUGAAAGGACUCAUCGUUGGCAGUGGUUGGCCAAGCUCCCUCUGCGCCUUUACAAAGCUGCAUAUGUGUGUAUUCAUAGCAUCCUCUAUGUGGUUGGCGGGCUCAGCCUCUGUAUGACAUCAGGUGACAGCUCAGUCAGCGCCACAGUUUACACUCUCUCCCUGAAGACCAACCAGUGGCGGACUGCUGAGCCCAUGUUGGAGCCACGAUAUGCCCACCAAAGUGUGUCCUAUCUGCACUUUAUUUUUGUGUUAGGAGGCAUUGGGGUGGACAAGAAGAUCUCUCAGUCUGUGGAGAGAUAUAACAGUAUGUUUAAUCAAUGGGAGGCCAUGGCACCAAUGCCCACAGCGGCGCUGCAUCCAGCUGUUGCAGCCAGUGAUCAGCGGAUCUAUGUUUUCGGAGGGGAGGACGCCAUGCAGAAUCCAGUCAGGCUGAUUCAGGUGUAUCACAUCUCUCGCAACUUGUGGUCCAGGCUAGAAACAAGGACGGUGAAAAAUGUUUGUGCUCCUGCUGCUGUCAUUGAAGACAAGAUCUACAUCAUAGGAGGAUACACCAGGCGAAUGAUCGCCUACGACACCAAAGCCAACAAAUUCGUCAAGUGUGAGAACCUAAAGGAGCGGCGGAUGCAUCACAGCGCUACGGUGAUCAACAACAAGCUCUAUGUCACCGGGGGACGCAUCCUCAACGGCCACGAUGUCAUCGAGGACUCAGACUGCUUCGAGUGUUACGACCCUAAGACGGACGUUUGGACCUCGAAAGGUUCUUUGCCGUACAAGCUAUUUGACCACGGCUCCCUGCCGCUGGUUUGUGUUUCCAACAGACCCAACCCACCAUGACCCACCAUCCAACACGCCUUUUGGUCGAAUGCUUUGUUGCAUGUUCCUCACCUCCCCUUUGCCAUGAUUUAUUGGCCUCUAACGUCACAAAUAGGAAACCAUUUUAACCUGACUGCAUUCCUUCACGCAGCUCAGUCAGAACUUAGCAGCACGUUAGACCAGACUGACUUUCAUCUGAAUCAAAGGGGAGCUCAGCUGACGAUUAGAGGUGUCACUCCUAAGGCACCUGGGGGGAACUGAGAACCCGCGAGAUAAUGGGAGACAGACAUAGUUACAAAACAAGCAGCUGUUACAUCCAAAAGAGUUCUUUCCGCAGAUGGUUGCGCUUGUUUGAUGGUAAUUAAAAGUGUUAAUGUUUUAAUUUCCCAGACAUUUAUACACAGCAUAUCACUGCCUGGCAGCUGCAGUUGUCUUCCCUGAAACAAUUAAAGACAUUUGGAGUUACAUGUCUGGCUGCUUGGUAACUCUAUGAGCUCUGCUUCUCGUGUAAAAGUGAAAAUAACAGAUCAGACAGCUAAUAUAAUUUGCACUUUAUAGAAAAUACAUUCCUCCUUGACCCACAUGCUCCGAUCAGAGUGCACGUGCUGAUGAGUCGAUGCAUUGUGACAGAACGUGGACAAGCUCCCCCUGCAAAGUACAGCAAAUUGUCUUGUUUGAUGAAAUGUCGAUAAGAAGCACAAUUUUGCAAACAAAAUGAUCUGGGCCAAUUUUAUUCGAGAUAAUAACCGUUCUAUUUAAAAAAAAUGGAAUUGAUGUCAUGUUAAUAAAACACAUAACAUAUAAUAAUCCAGCGCCUCUUAAAUCAGGCUUUUGUGCAGUUAUUACAGACUCUCUCUACACCUCCAUACACUCGUACUUUGAGUGUAAUUCAAUUGCCAAAAAAAGACAAAAUGCACAAUAAACAAAUUUGACUGAUUAUUAUUAUUUUUAUUAUUAUUUCAAAAUUGUUAUAGAUGUAUCAAUUAUAUCGUUAAGGUGAAAUCUUUUGGCCACAGUAAUCGUAAUCUGAUACAUGAUGGCGCUUCAGUGGUGGUGUACUUUUAAUUUCACCAUUGUACAGUUGUUGGAUAAAGACUAGGCAGCUAUACUGGUGUGAGGACUUGUGACAAUGCUGCCUUUGAGACGAACAAGUGACCUUGCUAUGGGGUAACUAUGACUGAAAAUAGUGUGGGGGAGAUUUUCAGGUUUUGCAGCGUGUACAGCAGGCUCAUGUAAACAUGCAAACUGCAGCUGGUUUCUCACAAACAUGUCCACUGAUCUGAAAUCAAUCUUCUAUUUAUCUGAGAACAACAGCUGUAAAGUAGAUGUAAGACAAUGAGACAGGCCCGUACUGUCACUUCUGUGUUCACCUUAUGGAGCAUACAUUCACUGCUGCAGGUUACAGUUGCCAUGGCAACCCUAUUAUCACCCCAUGCGUCCCUGUAGUGUGUCUAAUUUAGAUUGCGUCACUGAUCAACUGUGUUGCUGUUACUUGCACAUUUACUAUGCGGUGUUAUAUUUUGGAUAUUGAUUUCCCUGUUUGUGACUCGGUUUGUAAAGGAACUGUUAUUUAUGUAUGUGUAUGUAGGCGGUGACCAUUUCUAAUGUAUUGCUUUGAAUUUCUCUGCAGACGAGAACAAAUAAAAUAAUCGGUUUUGGACAGCG